UAGCACUAACAGCGCCUCUUGUGCAGAUGCUGUACGAAGAUUUCUGAUCAAUCGGUUGGCAGUGACAUAAUGACAGCGUUCCAUUGUGGUGUGCGGCGGCGCGGUGAUAUGUAAUUUAUUCUCCUCAGUGACACGAAACUUACAUCCCUCGAAUCAAUAAUAUUGAACUCGAACAUCCUGGCUUCUUCUGUCACCAUGGACGGCUAUGAACUGGACUCAUUCUCUCCUGCGAACAGACUCGUGCCGAACCGCGCUCUCGGUGUAUAUCUGGAUCAAAACUCAUCUCACAGUGUAGCGCCCGACGGUAACCGAUGGCAAGACCACACAUCGCACGAGGGCAACCACCGAAUUUUCAAGUACAAACAGCAGGUUCUAAGCCUCGUUGGCGGGCUACUGACAGUCGUGAAAUUGUCGGUCCUCCCUCUCACAGCAGGUGCAUACCUGGCGUUUUGCAUUAUUGCAAAUAAACGCCUCAUUAUACUCAAGAGCGACGGAUUUUAUUCAUUCACACCUGAUCAUAUCGCUACGAUAAAAGUUGGGGUUACAUCUUUGAACCGACUUGUCGUUUUUGCUGCCCUUUACCCGGUGACGGACAUUGUGUCGAAAUUGCAGGGCGAGGAGUUUUUCCGUGAUCUUGGUUCUCGUCGCAUGCGAGGUGUUCCCUUAGCCAUACUCGAUAGGAAGUCAAAUCAGAACUAUGGCUUUCUGAGAUCCCUGAACGACGCCUUUUCACGCACUUGUUCAAUUUACAUGUUUUUAGCUUUCUUCACAGCACUAAUAUGUGUAGCAAUAUCUUGGGUUGCUCCUGCUUCUUUGAAUGUUGCAACUGCCCUUGUCGAAAACGAACUUCUUGCCCUUGCUGUUGGGGCACUCCCUGCGCAAGGCGUGUAUGAUACCUCAAUCACAACCCCAGGUAUUGGAUGGUUUGAUGCAUCCGAGAACAGUGUCCUCGCUUGCUCUGUUCUCUGGGCCGAGAUGGUGCUUGGGGCAAAUUACUCCUUCUCUGUUGCGACAUCCGACGCAGAGUUUGCUGCAUACAUUGUCCCAAGUCCAAUUGAUCUGCCCACAACCGUCAGCGCACACUGGAUGACAGAUGUAGUUGGUAUCAAUCCGUCCUGUGAAUGGGCUUCGACGAAUGUUUCGACAAUAGAACUCACAAAGAACCAAAGUAUUUAUUAUUCUGCAAGCGCUAGUGUCCACCUUCAGAACUUGGACCUGGAUGUGAUAAUGUCAACGAACGACUAUAGUAAUGGCGAUCGCCAGGCGUUCAACAUUGCCGUAAAACCUUUUUAUGUUCUUUAUAAUCAUUCUACGCAAGGUCCGCCGACAGACGGUUCGAGCGUCUUUAUUGCUUCUCAAUGUUCCACUGGCUGCAUCCCAGCACCACUUGUCCUAAACCUGACGGACAUCCCGACAGUCAUUUUGGACGUCAACGCAACCACAUCCGCCCAAGCUCAAACUUGGCAGUUUGCAUUUCUUGCAUGUAGACCCAAUGCUGUGAUCCAGACUCGUGAAGUGGUUAGCAACGGAACUGGGUUCUUGGAAGUCCUUCCUGUUCCACAAGGCAAAGAAUACAUAUCUCAGGGCAAUUUACACCCCGCACAAACACCCAUCAUGCUGUCUAUCGCGUUGGGCGAAAUUUCGUAUGCCGGCCCGGCGAAUCAAUCUACUUUUUCUUUGGGAAGUGAUUCUACAGUCCAGUCCAACUUCCUUUUUGGAAAAGAACAAAUAGAUAACUUGCCACCACCAGUGGGAUACGAUGGGCCACCCAUAGUCGUGACCAUACUUCCGACUGAUACCCUGGCACGGACGUUCGCUGGAAUGUUGCAAUCUGUUUCAAAAUCUUAUUUGGCGGGCUUUUCUGGGACCACAUAUGUUCCUGCGAAGGUGUUUAGUCCCAAAGUUGUCUUCGUCUCAUCCAUGCCUUUCAUUAUCACUUCUGCAAUCAUGUUCGGAAUCCUUUUCAUUCUGGUAACCAUCAUGCACUUCAGGCGUCAUGAGAAAGCCUUCACGCUAGUCAGCGUCUCAUGUGCCCUUCAUGGUUCCAACCUUCCAAAAGACUUUGCGCUCGGGGGAAAAUCGGAGGCUUUGGUAGCUGAUGGCGAUCAAAGAGUUGUUCUUCAGAAGGAUGAGGAUGGUACGGAUGUCUUACAGAUUAUCAAACAGUAAGGAAGGGGCGGUGGCAUAGGUCAUCGGUCGAAGUUUGAAGGUGGUGCGAUUCGACUACUUACACGAAGGGCUGGUCUUUAAUUACGGCAUUGCUGUAGAGUGUCAGUAUGUACCCGUAUGCUCGAUGGUUUCCCCGG